AUGGUUCAGACUCUGGAAGCUAUCAAGGGUGGGGGAGGAUCCAUCAGAGUUGGGACCACUGGGACAAUUAGUUCCCUGAUGACAAGGGAAUUGGAUUCGAUCAAAUCUGCACCUCAGAUGCCUCUGUCUUCCAGAACUAAACCACGUGCAGUACCUGUUUCAAUACCCUGUGGUGCUGCAACUCCUAAAAGGGUACAAGCUAGAAAAUCAUGUGAUGGGGCAAGCAGCAGUGGAAGCAGUAGCUACAUUGAUGAUAGAAGCCAUGAGAUUAUUAGGAAAACAAAAAGUUACACUAGAAAUACUCAUCGAAUACCAAUGCUUGGUUCUGAUAGUAUUGCGCUGGAUAGAACUCUUAGUAGAAAGAAAACUGAAAAGAAAGGAUCUAACAUAGUUGAAAUUGUGGACAUAAAAUGUGGGAACCAGGAUAAAGCAUGGGCUAGCCCUAUAAGUAUAACAAAUCGUCUCAAGAAGCUGGGUUUCUCGAAGCUAUCUGAGAGCAUUAUCUAA